GCUGCCCCGGGUGGGCGGCGGGCGGGGCCCGGGCGGCGGCUGAGCCCUCGGUGCGGGGCGCAGCCAGGUCCCCGAGCCCGCGCGGCGGCGUCGGCGGCGUGACAGGUGCAGAGUCCCCGCCGAGAGCCCCCAGCGGCCGCGGCGGCGAUGCCCACCAUGCGGAGGACCGUGUCGGAGAUCCGCUCCCGCGCGGAGGGUUAUGAGAAGACUGAUGAUGUUUCAGAGAAGACCUCAUUGGCUGAUCAGGAGGAAGUUAGGACUAUAUUCAUCAACCAACCUCAGCUGACAAAGUUCUGCAAUAACCAUGUCAGCACUGCAAAGUACAACAUAAUCACAUUCCUUCCGAGAUUUCUCUACUCUCAGUUCAGAAGAGCUGCUAAUUCAUUUUUUCUCUUUAUUGCACUGCUUCAGCAAAUACCUGAUGUGUCACCAACAGGUCGUUAUACAACACUGGUUCCUCUCUUAUUUAUUUUAGCUGUGGCAGCUGUUAAAGAGAUAAUAGAAGAUAUUAAACGCCAUAAAGCUGAUAAUGCUGUGAACAAGAAGCAGACACAAGUUUUGAGAAAUGGCGCUUGGGAAAUUGUUCACUGGGAAAAGGUAAAUGUUGGAGAUAUAGUUAUAAUAAAAGGCAAAGAGUAUAUACCUGCUGACACUGUACUUCUCUCAUCAAGUGAGCCCCAGGCCAUGUGCUACAUUGAGACAUCCAACUUAGAUGGUGAAACUAACUUGAAAAUUAGACAGGGCUUACCAGCAACCUCGGAUAUCAAAGACAUUGACAAUUUGAUGAGAAUUUCUGGCAGAAUUGAAUGUGAAAGCCCAAACAGACAUCUCUACGAUUUUGUUGGAAAUAUAAGGCUUGAUGGACAUGGCACCGUUCCCUUGGGAGCAGAUCAGAUUCUUCUUCGAGGUGCUCAGCUGAGAAAUACUCAGUGGGUUCAUGGAAUAGUUGUCUACACUGGACAUGAUACCAAGCUGAUGCAGAAUUCAACAAGUCCACCGCUUAAGCUCUCCAAUGUGGAAAGGAUCACAAAUGUACAGAUUUUGAUUUUAUUUUGUAUCUUAAUUGCUAUGUCUCUUGUCUGCUCUGUGGGCUCAGCCAUUUGGAAUCGGAGGCAUUCGGGAAAAGACUGGUAUCUCAAUCUAAACUAUGGUGGCGCUAAUAAUUUUGGCCUGAAUUUCUUGACUUUCAUUAUCCUUUUCAACAACCUCAUUCCAAUCAGCUUGUUGGUUACAUUAGAAGUGGUGAAAUUUACUCAGGCAUACUUCAUUAAUUGGGAUCUUGACAUGCACUAUGAACCCACAGACACUGCUGCUAUGGCUCGAACAUCUAAUCUGAAUGAGGAACUUGGCCAGGUUAAAUACAUAUUUUCUGACAAAACUGGUACCCUGACAUGCAAUGUAAUGCAGUUUAAGAAAUGCACCAUAGCAGGCAUUGCUUAUGGGCAGAGCCCACAGACUGCAGAUGAGAAGACAUUCAGUGAUUCGUCAUUGCUGGAAAACCUCCAAAAUAAUCAUCCAACCGCACCUAUCAUAUGUGAAUUUCUUACCAUGAUGGCAAUCUGCCACACAGCAGUACCAGAACGAGAGGGUGAAAAGAUCAUCUAUCAAGCAGCAUCUCCAGAUGAGGGAGCACUGGUCAGAGCCGCCAAGCAGCUGAACUUCGUCUUCACUGGAAGAACACCUGAUUCGGUCAUCAUCGAUUCACUGGGGCAGGAAGAACGAUACGAAUUACUCAACGUCCUGGAGUUCACCAGUGCUAGAAAGCGAAUGUCAGUGAUUGUCCGCACUCCAUCUGGGAAGUUAAGACUCUAUUGCAAAGGAGCUGACACUGUAAUUUAUGAGCGACUUGCAGAGACUUCAAAAUACAAGGAAAUCACCUUAAAGCAUUUAGAACAGUUUGCUACAGAAGGGCUAAGAACUUUGUGUUUUGCUGUGGCUGAGAUUUCAGAGAGUGACUUCCAAGAAUGGCGAGCUGUGUACCACCGAGCAUCCACAUCUGUGCAGAACAGGCUGCUAAAGCUGGAGGAAAGCUACGAGCUCAUUGAAAAGAAUCUGCAGCUACUUGGAGCUACAGCCAUUGAAGAUAAAUUACAAGAUCAAGUACCUGAAACCAUAGAGACACUAAUGAAAGCGGGCAUCAAAAUCUGGAUCCUUACAGGGGACAAGCAAGAAACUGCCAUUAACAUAGGGCAUUCCUGCAAACUGCUGAGGAAGAACAUGGGAAUGAUCGUCAUCAAUGAAGGCUCCCUUGAUGGAACGAGGGAAACUCUGAGCCGGCACUGUACCACCCUUGGGGAUGCUCUUCGGAAGGAGAACGACUUUGCUCUCAUCAUUGAUGGAAAGACCCUCAAGUAUGCCUUAACCUUUGGAGUCCAGCAGUAUUUCCUGGAUUUAGCUCUCUCAUGCAAAGCUGUCAUUUGCUGCAGGGUUUCUCCUCUUCAAAAAUCUGAAGUCGUGGAGAUGGUUAAGAAGCAAGUCAAUGUGAUAACUCUUGCAAUUGGAGAUGGCGCCAAUGACGUCAGCAUGAUUCAAACGGCCCAUGUGGGUGUGGGAAUAAGUGGCAAUGAAGGCUUGCAAGCAGCCAAUUCUUCGGAUUAUUCCAUAGCCCAGUUCAAGUAUUUGAAGAAUUUGUUGAUGGUUCAUGGUGCCUGGAACUAUAACAGAGUCUCUAAGUGUAUUCUGUAUUGCUUCUACAAGAACAUAGUCCUCUACAUCAUUGAGAUCUGGUUUGCCUUUGUCAAUGGCUUUUCUGGACAGAUCCUCUUUGAAAGAUGGUGUAUAGGUCUUUAUAAUGUGAUGUUUACGGCUAUGCCUCCUUUAACUCUUGGAAUAUUUGAGAGAUCAUGCCGAAAAGAGAAUAUGCUGAAGUAUCCUGAACUAUACAAAACAUCUCAGAAUGCUCUGGACUUCAACACCAAGGUUUUCUGGGUUCAUUGUUUAAAUGGCCUCUUCCACUCAGUUAUUCUAUUUUGGUUUCCACUAAAAGCCCUGCAGUAUGGUACUGUGUUUGGAAAUGGGAAAACAUCUGACUACCUGCUUCUGGGAAACUUUGUGUACACUUUUGUAGUGAUAACUGUGUGCUUGAAAGCUGGAUUGGAAACUUCAUAUUGGACAUGGUUCAGCCACAUAGCAAUAUGGGGCAGCAUUGCGCUCUGGGUGGUGUUUUUCGGAAUCUACUCAUCUCUGUGGCCUGCUGUUCCCAUGGCUCCCGAUAUGUCUGGAGAGGCAGCCAUGUUGUUCAGCUCUGGAGUCUUCUGGAUGGGCUUGUUCUUCAUCCCUGUGGCGUCCUUGCUCCUGGAUGUAGCCUACAAAGUCAUCAAGAGGACUGCUUUUAAAACAUUAGUAGAUGAAGUUCAGGAGCUUGAGGCAAAAUCUGAAGACCCUGGAGCAGUCGUACUUGGGAAAAGCCUCACGGAGAGGGCACAGCUGCUCAAGAAUGUCUUUAAGAAGAACCAUGUGAACUUGUACCGAUCGGAAUCCUUGCAACAAAACCUGCUCCACGGAUAUGCUUUCUCCCAAGAUGAAAAUGGAAUUGUUUCACAGUCUGAGGUAAUUAGAGCCUAUGAUACCACGAAACAGAGGCCUGAUGAGUGGUGAUGGGUCAAGGGCUGAGAAGCAGGCCCUACUGCAUCUCUAAGGAGAGCUCCCACAAGCUGAGGUCAUCACCACAAUCUGCUGACCAGUUCUACUCUGGUCCCCGGAGAGCAAAGGUGGAUCUGAGCUCAUCUCAUGGAUGGACCUUCAGAUUCAUGUACAUCAUAGACAUAAGCACUGUGCAACUACUGUAACACCAUCUCUCACAGAUUUUUUUAAGUGUUUGCUAAGGUGUGUGAACAGAAAUUGAAAAUGACCUUGGUACUUUGCCCAGUAUUCUCUCCGGCUGAGGACAGGUCAGUGCUCUCAAGCCAUGGCUCUGGAUCUGUAACUUAAUUUCUUGGUGAUACCACAAGGCAACCAUCCUUAAAAGAAAAAUUCUAAAAUGGUAUUAAGUUAAAGGGACUCUUGAUAUCCAGACUUCGCUUUCAGGUCAUGCUGAAACAAACCAGCUUUCUUAAGGAACUGACUCACUUUACUGAACAUUUCUAAACAAGGCAUUAAUACAUGUUUGUGUCAAAAAUUGUCUUGCUAUAUGUUUGCCAAAGAAGUUCAGUAAGUGGAUUUCUCAUCAGUAGUCAUUUGCCCAGAAAUUUAAGAGAAAGUUGACUCCAGUGCUGCUAUGAGAUCUGCAUGCUUGACUUUUCAAAUGUGAGAGUGAUUUGCAAAAAAUGAAUUCUUUCCAGGCAUUUGCUACUAAAAUUUGUGAUGUGGCACCUUUCAA